AUGACGGCGAAAUCGGGAAAAAAUUACAAAACAAAGAUCUAUGAGAAGGAGAUCGAUUUGCUGAUGCAGAAAAUAGAAAAGCUCGAAAAGCAGCAGAACAUUAAAGGCAGCGGCAGCGGCAGUGAUCAUCAUCAUCAGCAGUCAAAGGAUGUCAACAUCCCCGACAAGGUGGCCAACAGUGAUCUGCUCAGAGGACGACCAUCGGACAUUGCCAACAGACUGAAGGGAUUUCUCGCUGGUGGUCCUGCUGCCCAGGAGGCCGCUGAUAGUUACCACCACUCUGGCUACCAAGCCAAUGAUUGGCAGCCAACAGGAGGUGGUGGUAUGCCACCGCCGCCACCACCACCGAUGCCAUAUAUGCCCUUCAUGCCACCACCACCACCACCACCGCCUCAUUAUGGCCCUGAGGGAGGUGAUCCGAGUCAUUAUCAGCAGCCACCACCACCUCCUCCUCCACCUCCUCCACAAUCCUAUGGUCCUAAUGGUGAGCCAAUGCAGAUGGAGCCCAGCUACCAGGACCAGUACCAACAGCAGAGCCAGUAUAUGCCUCCACCACCACCACAGCAACCUUCAGGACAGUAUGAUCAGAAUCAGCAACAAUACCAACAACCAAACGGCGCCCCACCACCACAGCAGCAGUAUCAACAGCAGCCAUCACCUCCUGAGUACCAGCAGAGGCCAAAUGGAGAGUCAGACCCAAACAGCCAGCCCAAUCACCAACCGUACCCCGUUUACGACGGCCCCCCAAUGGAAAGUCAGCCAUCGUCUUCCAACAAACGAAAAAAGAGCAACUCUCUGCUGGGAAAGUUCAAGCUGAGCAACAUCCUCAACUCGGUCAUUCCAAAGAGCAAAAAGUCGAAGAAGCAGCACCAGCAGCAUGAGCAGCAGAAGCUGAGCAUGACUGACAAUCGAAACAUUCACGUUUCAAAUGGUGGUGGGCCGCCGAUGAUGGAGCCGAUGAUGACGCAGGAGUCGCACAUGUACCCGAAUGUCGAUCGCGGCCAGUACGCCGCCGUCGAGCAGCCCGGCUUCUCGGUCAACUUUGGCGCCGGACCGAUGGGCGGCGGCGGACAGAUCAAGGCCAGUCCGAUGGGCAUUCUCAAGAGUCUGAUGCUGCCGCUGACGGGCAUUCCCAAGUGGGUCAACGGAAAGGUCGUCCUCGGCAUCGUCCUCGAGAACGGUAUCGGCAAGAAGCCCAAGACCGUCUUCCAGCNAUGA